AUGAUUCUCACCCUUCCCAGGCGAGCGGCGUGGACACGUCGAAAUCUCUUUCUCAGAGGCUCCGUGAGAAAUUACAGUGUCUCACCAUGUCUCUCGCGGCAGGCCGAUGCCCCAUUUCGCAUGGCCGUAGUUGGAUCCGGUCCUGCUGGAUUUUAUACAGCAUAUCGUGUCAUGUCUAAGCUUCCACAGGCCCGUGUGGACAUGUACGAGGCUUUGCCGGUCCCGUUUGGUCUUGUGCGCCACGGAGUUGCUCCAGACCAUCCCGAAGUAAAGAACUGCAAAGACAAAUUUGAUGAAGUUGCUUCCUCUCCCAACUUUACGUUUGUGCUCAUGAGUCAUUACGACUCUGUUGUCUUUGCAUACGGGGCGGCAGAGGACAAGAAGCUUCACAUUCCAGGCGAAGCAUCUCUUAAAGGCAUUUACUCAGCCCGCGAAUUCGUCGGCUGGUACAAUGGCCAUCCAGAUUGUGGCCAGCAUGAGCCAGAUCUUUCACGGGCAGAGGAAGCAGUCAUCAUCGGCCAAGGCAAUGUUGCCUUGGACGUAGCCAGAAUUUUACUAGAGGAUGUUGAUGUGCUACGGAAGACUGAUAUAUCAGAUCGAGCCCUCGCACAGCUAGCACAAAGCCGCAUUAAGAGGGUUCAUGUUGUAGGACGGAGAGGGCCAAUGCAGGCGGCUUUUACAAUCAAGGAAGUGCGAGAGUUAAUGAAACUUUCUGGGGUGGCUUUUCAUGGAGCGGAUAACUCGCUGAUACCAGCAGCUCUUGAUACUCUUCCAAGAGCCACCAAGAGACUCAUGGAAGUCAUUCGAAAGGGAACGUCAGCUAGCGUUUCUGAGACACCGAAAUCUUGGUCACUAGACAACUGCUUGUCGCCAAAAGCCUUUAUUGAAGACAGGCGGAAUCCUUCUCUUGUAGGCAGCACCGAGUUUUAUGUAACGAAGCUGGAUGAUCCAUUCAACCCUCGAUCAUCGGUAGCUCGUACAGACGAAACUGUUACCCUUCCAUCAGAUAUAGCUUUUCGAUCUGUCGGUUACAAAUCAGUGGCUCUACCGGGAUUUACCGAGGUCGGUAUCCAAUUCGAUGAGAAGCGAGGGAUCAUCACCAACGACGGGCUGGGCCGAGCAACACAAUCGUCAACCGACCUUGUUGAGCCCGCCGGGACUCAUCCACCGGCUCUACCUGGCGUCUACUGCUCUGGCUGGGUUAAACGAGGUCCCACUGGCGUGAUUGCGUCUACCAUGAGCGACGCAUUCAUAACUGGCGAUGCUGUGGUGCACGACUGGCUGUCAGGGGCUCCCUUUCUAGGUCGCUCAGGAAACGGCACGGCUGAGGGAUGGGAGGCAAUCAGAGCUGACGUUGGCGCCCAAGCUGAUGAAGUAGUCACUUGGGAUCAAUGGCGCCAGAUAGACCAAGCCGAAACAGCGCAAGGGCUAACGAGAGGUAAACCUAGAGAAAAGUUCACCAGCAUUAGAGACAUGCUCAGCUCCAUCAAAUGA